GGAACGCACAUUAUCCAAAGUAAUACUGUUUAGAGUUUUCUUGACGUUUUCAUCACUUUUUACGGUUGAUUCUCCAAAGAUGAGUUUGGCUUUAGUGCCCAAAAUACAAUACAGUUUUCCCCGACCGACAAAGUAUCCCAUUGACGUUCUCGGUACGGCAAAUGUAUCUUUCGGACACAAGUUGCGCGAACGCGAAAGUUGUCACGCUGUAAAGUACCGUAGUUCGCGUAGAUCCAUCUUUGAAAGCACAGAGGAACGACCGGAUGAUAAGAGAGAGUACGAGCACUUUCUUAAAACUCUGGAAUUCGAAAAAGAAACCGAUCGAAAGAUCAGGAACAAGAAUCUUCGUCAACGAAUCCAUCAAGAUUUAUCGGCAUACGAGGAGAACUUGCAAAUACGUAGAGAAAAACUGCGUAAUCUUUUAUUGAACGAGGAGGCGAGUCUAAUUAGAGAGAUUGAAGAAAAGUCACGACAAAGUGAUGACAUUCGACGUAGGGAAAUGGACGCAAGAGCGCAAGAGUUGAAGAACCAACAGGAGAAGGAACAAGAGGCGUUGGUGGCUGCUAAACGCAGACUGCAACAAAUAUCGCACUCAGAUAUCAAGCAAGAGUUGUCGAAGAGAUACGCGAUCGACGCGAAGCGGUGCAACGUGGCGCAGAUGGCUGAUAAGGAAGUGAAGAAAUUAGCGGAAAAGGAAUUGGACGCUAUGUGUCACAAGAUGAUGUUGAAGGAACUCGAAACGAAAGAACGUAAAGAGGCGGAAGAGGCGAAAAGGCGAACUUUGGCACAACGAGAGACGAUGUCCACUUUGGCCAAGCAAGUAGCGGACAAAUUGGCGCUGGAAGACGAGAGGAAGCGGAUUAUCAAGAGCGAGCGGGAACAACUGAAACAACUGCAGGAGGACGUGCGUCAAGCGGAGUUGAAGAAUCUCGAAGCGGAAAGACAAAAGCGGGAAAAGUUGAAGAAGGAAUUUCAGGAGCACAUUCUGACGACGAGAAAAUAUCUCGCCGAGCGCGCUCAGGAAGAAGCCAAGAUGGAUCGCGUGUUUAAAACGAUGGCUGAGGAGGAACUAGCCAAGGAGAAAGCUCGCACAAAAAAGAACCCGGCGGCGCUCCGGGCGGAAUCAUCAGCCUACUUUAAGUAUUUGGAGGAACUGCGGAAGGAAGAAGCCAGACGGAAUCUGGAGAUGGAAGCAAUCAUUCGGCAGUCACACAAGGACGCCGAGGCAAGACGCGAGCUCGCGCUCGAGAAAUCUAAGGAAGCUCGCAAGCGUGCCAUACAGGAAGUUCUUCGCGGCCGAGAAGAACAAUUGCGGGAGAAGCGAGAGACGGAGGAGAAAGAACGGCGCCUGAAGAUGGAGGAGAAGGAGGCGCUCGAGAGGCAGAUCGAGAUGGACGCCAACUUGACCGCGAUGGAGCAGAAAGAAAGCAGACAAAGAGCGCUUCGUUACGGGUUGGAGCUCAAAGAGCAGCACAAGCACGUCGAAACGAUGAGACGCCGCGAAUUGGAAGAGGACCGCAAGUUCCACAAGGCCGAGACGAAGAGGCAGAUAGAGGAGCAUCAGAGGCUCGGCGAGCUGUUGAAAGCUUCCGAAAACAUCACGCCGCCGCAUCCGUUUAAGAUUCUCUUCAACAAUUGCGCUGGUCGUGAACCGGAAAGAGAGAAACAUUACUCUUGUUCUCCGGCUUUAAUUUCCACGUAAAAUCUUGCUGCUAUGCUAACAACUUGUCAGGAUAUAUUACUUUUCCGACGUGUUGAUACGUAAAGAUUUAUGAAAAGGUGCAACUAUACCGAAUAAUCGACGAAUCGCUAUAUCAAUGAAGAUACUAAGUAACUAUAAUAGAAUGCGAGAGAAAAGUAGCCGACAACGAGACGUCAAAGUGUGUAAUGUUUGAUUUUUUUGCGGAAAAAUAUAAAAACUUCAAUCGUGUACUUUUUAUAUAA